AUGGACGAUGACGAUGAAUAUGCGAGCAUUCGAGAACGAAUUGCAGAAGCACGCCUGGACGAAGCGGCUGGCUUGGCCGAAUUAGUUGCACCAGAAAAUUGUGCAGACUGUGGGAAGCAGCUCGGCGAUUCUUACCUGUGGGAGAAGUUCAGUUAUCCGGUUUGCGACGGCUGCAGGUUUAGUUGUUUUUUACGCAUUAAACUCUUUGGAUAUUAA